AAAGUCCUGGAGCAGAAGGAGGAUUUGGAGCCGGUCCCCGCUGCCCCCGCGGAACGCCAGCCGCCCUUGCCUCGCCCAGAGGAACUGAGCUAUUAUUGUAGUGUCCUGUAGAAUUUCCCAGCCUUCUUCCUCUGGUUCCGAGUCUGCUUCUCCACGUGGCACCUUGGAGUUUCUAGCUGGCACCAUUACCUCCAACGAGUGGAGUUCUCCCACCUCCCCUGAGGGGAGCAACGACUCGGGGGGCAGCGAGGCCUUGGACAAACCCAUUGACAAUGACGCUGAGGGUGUGUGGAGUCCGGACAUUGAGCAGAGCUUCCAGGAAGCGCUAGCCAUCUACCCACCAUGUGGACGGCGGAAGAUUAUCUUGUCAGACGAAGGCAAGAUGUAUGGCCGAAAUGAGCUGAUUGCGCGCUAUAUUAAGCUGAGAACAGGGAAAACACGCACAAGGAAACAGGUAUCUAGUCACAUCCAGGUCCUGGCAAGGCGGAAAGCUAGAGAGAUCCAAGCCAAGCUCAAGGAUCAGGCAGCUAAAGAUAAAGCCAUGCAGAGUAUGGCUACAAUGUCAUCUGCGCAGAUUAUCUCUGCAACUGCCUUCCAUAGUAAAAUGGCCUUGCCUGGUCUCCCACGACCAGCCUACCCUGCUGUUUCUGGGUUUUGGCAAGGAGCUUUGCCAGGCCAAGCCGGAUCUUCUCAAGACGUGAAACCUUUUUCUCAACAACCUUAUGCUGUACAGCCUCCGCUGCCAUUACCAGGGUUUGAGUCUCCUACUGGCCUCUCACCUUCCCCAUCAGCACCAGCUUGGCAAGGACGAAGGGUUGCUAGCUCCAAACUUUGGAUGUUAGAAUUCUCUGCAUUCUUGGAACAACAACAAGACCAAGAUACAUAUAACAAACACCUGUUUGUGCACAUUGGGCAGUCAAGCCCCAGCUACAAUGACCCCUACCUCGAGGCAGUGGAUAUCCGGCAGAUCUAUGACAAGUUCCCUGAGAAAAAGGGGGGCCUGAAGGAGCUCUUUGAAAGGGGGCCAGCUAAUGCCUUCUUCCUUGUCAAAUUCUGGGCUGAUUUGAACACCAAUAUUGAAGAUGAAUCCAGGUCUUUCUAUGGCGUUUCCAGUCAAUAUGAGAGCCCAGAAAACAUGGUCAUUACCUGUUCCACGAAAGUGUGUUCCUUUGGAAAGCAGGUGGUGGAGAAAGUGGAGACAGAGUAUGCACGCUAUGAAAAUGGACACUAUUCCUAUCGCAUUCACCGUUCCCCUCUCUGCGAAUACAUGAUAAACUUCAUUCAUAAACUCAAGCAUCUUCCUGAGAAGUAUAUGAUGAACAGUGUGCUGGAGAACUUUACUAUCUUACAGGUUGUGACAAACAGGGACACACAGGAGACCUUGCUGUGCAUAGCAUAUGUUUUUGAGGUGUCAACUAGUGACCAUGGUGCCCAGCAUCACAUCUACCGGCUGGUGAAGGACUAGAGACUCUCUGCCCUGAGUCGUCCAUGGGAUGCAUGUCUAAGAAAAAAGCCUGUGCUUGAACAACCCCUGCCCCUCAUACCAAACUGAAAAAUAAACUGCAGAUAUUGUGUAUUUUCAGAAAAGCA